AUGUUGGCGAUGGAACUGCUUCAGAGCGUCAUAUCGAUAUCGCAACACGGGCUACUGUGGCCCGAUAAACGUACGAAACGGCCGGCGUGUUGCUCUCAAAGGAAUCCACGCCAAACGGCCGAGGAGAGGGAGGCGGAGAGGCAGGCGGCGAACCGUUUGAUGUUGUCCCUUCAAGCGGAGGCGCUGAGCAAAGGCUACAUGCCGGAGCCGCCGCCGGGUGCAGCGCCGCUGUCAGCGCUUCAUUACCAGAGCCCCGCUAACACCGCGCCCGCCCCUCCAGCGAACACCGCUUUAAGCGCUUUGCAGAAUCUGCAGCCCUGGGCGGGGAGUCAGGGCGGCUUCAUGGGCGCCCCUACUACCAGCGCGCCCCCCCAUCCGCCGCCCGUAGCGUCGCCGAUAUGU